AUGAGUCCUUCUGCCGUGAGAAGCCUCUGGGUCCUUUGUGCAGCCCUGGUCCAGGCCGCAUCUCCUAAUCCAGACUGUUUUAUCAACACCAAAAUUGCGCAGACCUUCAACCUGGUCCACCUCCUGAAAGCCAACACCACCGUCCUUCUGAACACCUAUCUGAGUCACCAAGGUAGUCCUUUCAGUGACCCGGGCUUCAGCAGUUCAAAGGUGCAGUACAAAGGAGUGCCAACGGCCUCCAUCCCUUUCCUAAAAUGGCGGACUCUUAGUGACACGGAGCGUCUGGACAAGAACUACGAGGCCUACACCAUUCUGUCUGAGUUCCUGCAGCUGGUCUGGGAUGACCAGUUUCACAUCAGUGACGGCAAAGAUGAGCUGCUGGAGAUGCUGCGAGUGACCCGGCUGCGCAUCCAAGGCCUGCUCAGCAACCUGACUUCCAUCAUGACCGCCUUGGGUGUCCCGCCAACCCCUGUGGCAGACCUGCUCACGCCAGAGGUUAUUGAAGCCACUACCUUUGAGAAGAAGAUUCGGGGCUACGUGGUAUGCGACUCUUACCGGCAGUGGGUUGAGCGGACGGUGAGAGACUUCUCGCUUCUCAUGGAGAAAUUCCCGACUUAA